UACUUCAUUCGUGCGGUUCCUCUCCUUCCGAGUGUCAUUUCUACUGAAAUAAUUGUUUAAAGGAGUGAACAACUACCACGAAUAAAAUAAUUACUAAACCUUUAAACAUUAUCAUAGUGUCGCUUAAUUCUCGGCUUAUCUUCGUUGUGGGUCCCACCCACUCGGUAUUCUAAAUUUUUCCAUUUACCGUACAUCAAAAUCUCAACGUCUGCAUGACAAACAAACGUAAAAACCGACGUGUGAUAUAUUCAAAUGAAAAUGCAGCCGGAAAAAUAUUUGUUCGCGCUAUGAAGUUAAUGUUAAUUGCGGUAGAAAAAAAACAUUAUGACAAAUCAUAUUCGCUAACUGCACUUUCCGGGUGGGAUUAUAUUUGCGUUUUUGGCGGAAGUGUUCCGGAGCAUGCGAUACACUAUUUAAGGAGAGUAUCCAAGUAGAUUGGGUCACUGUAUGGUUAGACAAUGGGCAGAGUAUUGGAUCUAGUUAUUUUGUUGUGCUGUAUAGCACUGGUCAGAGGACAACAACGGAGAUCCUGCAAUCUGUCUUCCUGCAAUGGAAAGCCACACACUUUGUGUGUCUAUCCCUUGAUCGGUCCAGCGACUUCGUGCGGUCAAUUAGGAGCCAGAGGUCUGAACCAAAAUGAAAAAACUGCAAUUUUGAAUAGACACAAUCAAUGGAGAGCUAAUGUUGCCAGGGGAGGAGAGAGGAGGGGUAACAAGGGGCCUCAACCUGCUGCCAGGAACCUUGGUCCUCUACGGUGGAAUAAUGAAAUAGCAGAAAUUGCACAGAGAUGGGCGGAUCAGUGCAAUUACCGACACGAUGAGUGCCGCAAUGCAGCUGAUAACACACACGUGGGACAGAAUAUCGCGUAUGUUGGGUGGUCUGAUGGCUGGCAUGAGGAGAGUCUCCUUGAAAUGGUAGAUAAUUGGUACAACGAAGUGAAGGAUUUCGAUAAGAACAUGGUUAAAUCACUUCACCUUCCACCAGUCCCACCAGGCCCUAAACUCGGUCACUACACCCAGAUGGUCUGGGCGAAGACCACUAGUGUUGGUUGCGGUGCCUCUAGAUACAAGAAAAAGGGUGAAUUCUACAAAACUUACCUCGUAUGUAACUACGCUCCAGGAGGAAAUUACGACGGCCAAGCGGUGUACGAACCACAAUCUGUUAAAUAUUCAGGUAAAAUUUCAGUGUUAAUGAACUCCAAUAAAUUAACGUCAACGACCCCAAGUAUUCACAUCAUACGGAGACAGAUUCAAGGAGUGAAGAUUAACUCAGCUUAUGAUACCAGAAUCGCAUUGUGUCAGCAAAUAUUUAUAUUUUCGAGCGUUAAACCCCGCGGUAGAUUCUUCAAGUCGACGCUGAGGAUGAUAUUUUCUCAAGUGCUACUGCUGUGCAGUCUAGUACUAAUCAGUGAACAGCAACAGAGGUACUGCGAUCUGCCUUCUUGCGGAAGGAAUCCGCACACGUUAUGUCUCUACCCCUCACCUUCGCCACCAGCUUCAUGCGGCCAGUUGGGACGCAGGGGGUUGACUCAGGGUGAGAGGAAUGCCCUCCUGGACAGACAUAAUGGAUACAGAGCUCGCGUUGCCAGUGGCCAGGAAACCAGAGGUGCUCCUGGACCUCAACCUGCUGCCAGAAAUCUUGGCCCCCUGAGGUGGAACAACGAAAUAGCGGAGAUUGCACAGAGGUGGGCUGAUCAGUGCAAUUAUGGCCAUGACAGGUGUCGAAACACAGCUGAUGACACAUACGUGGGGCAAAACGUAGCGUACAUCGGCUGGUCUGAUCGAUGGCGUAAUGAAAGCCUUCUGGAGAUGGUGGAUAUGUGGUACAACGAAGUCGCUGAUUUUAAUCCUAGUCUGCUCAGAGCAUUUUUUCUUCCCCUAAAUCCAUUAGCACCGCUGAUUGGCCACUACACACAGAUGGUAUGGGCUGGGACUCAUUUUCUCGGCUGUGGUGCAUCAAGAUACAGGAAAGAUGGUGGAUACUACGUUACAUUUCUCGUUUGCAACUACGUACCCGGAGGAAAUUAUCUCGGUCAACCGAUAUAUGAAAUUCUGUGAUAUUUUUUUAUUUUUCCAUAACUCGAUACUGCUCCAACUCUCGAUCGUUACAUGGAAUUCGAUGGGUGUCAGCAGAUGUAAAAAAAUAAACAUCCAUGAGGAAACAAA